AAAAUAAAGAAGAGUCUUCUAACAACACGACGACUGUACGGUUGAGGCAUGUAAAUUAGUAUGGAGAGUACAAGUUAUGACUAAUCAUGGGAUUUGAUAUAGUGGACUCAACCCACACACAUAAAAAAAAGUGUAACGGUGUCAAAUCUCAUACCCAAAGUGAGUGAGUAAUCCUUUGGUUCUUUGUAUACUAAAUCCUUUUGAAGCCUUUCGUUUCUCUCAUUCUUCUCUCCAAUUCUGCUUCAUCUUCGACAGCUUCCUCUCUCUUCAAAGGUUUUGGCUUAACUCACAGUUGGAGUAUGACUUCUCGGGUGGUGAGGACAAAUAUGAGGCUUCGAAGGAGGGAUGGUGUGAAUGGGACUCAAAGCGAACACCAGGGAGAUCAACAAGGGGAUGAACAAUCUUCAACGGUGGUGCCGGAGAUUGUGCCUGCUCCUCCUAUGAUCGAUAUAGUUGCCAUUGAAGAUGAUGAUGAUGUUGUUGAAUCAACUGCAUCUGCUUUUGCUCUGGCGAGAAUCAAAUCAAGAGGCGCACGUAGAGGUCCCGUAGUAGUUGAUGUAGACUCAGGUGCCAAUACUAGGUCCACAAGGCGUCGCUCUGAUCAAACUAGUGCUGACUCGGCUGAGCUUAACAAGCCGAGAAAGUCCAUGGCUGUGGCUCCUGUAGAGGAACCAAAAUUUAGCUGCCCAAUAUGUAUCUCUCCAUUUACUCAGGAGGUGUCAACAAAGUGUGGUCAUAUCUUCUGCAAAGGGUGCAUAAAGAAUGCGAUAUCUGUCCAAGCUAAAUGCCCGACAUGUAGGAAAAAAGUCACUGCUAAGGACCUUAUCAGGGUAUUCCUUCCAACCGCUAAAUGAAUGAUACAGAAGCAUCACUAGUAGCCAUGGUUAAUGGUCUAUCGAUUCUAUCCCCCCAACAAUGAAGAGAUGUUCAUUAAUUGUAGUUUGUUUUGUCAAUAUCGUUAUGUUUUGUAAGAGAGAUAUCUAGGAAUCAUGGAAGACUGAUUUUCUAAUGAAUAUCAUUCAUUGGUGAUCUUCAUUAUCUGAGUAGUUCCUUAUUGCUUAGUGAUUGUUAAGUAAUUUUAGUGAAGAUAAUGUUGAAUCUUAAGAAAGCAUUCUAUCUACAUCAUGAGCAUCUGGUAU